AUGGCUUUCGAAAUGACCUUGGACCUCAGCCGCCCGGUUCAGCUGUCGUCCUUCCAGCAGCCGCCGCCGCUCGGCCAUACACAGCAAGGCGGCCCUGGCGGCGGGCCGUCCGCUCCACUGCCGCCGGCGAAACGGCACUGCUGGGAAUGUCUCCGCCGCCGCCUCGUCUGCGAUGCCGGCCAGCCCUACUGCCGCAAGUGCCACGACGCCGGCGUCGUCUGCCCGGGCUACGACGACAAGAAGCCGCUCAAGUGGAUUGCCACCGGCACCAUCUCGUCCCGGCCGCGGCACAAGAAACUCACGGCACUGGCCGACGGCGGCAAGGCGGGGGGUAAGCCGGCCAGCAGGGCACCCGCGAGAAAGAAGAAGCAGGAGCAGAGGCAGUCCGUCACGGCGACGGCCCCGACAGCGGACGGGCUCAAGAGCUCGCCGCAACAGCAGGAUGGAUGCUUGCCAGUCCUUCCGCACGUCGACCUGCGCUCGACCACCUGUGAUGUCGUCCAGGCUGCGUAUUACUACAACACUUGGGUCCUCCCCAGCUACGACUCGGCCCUCGAACUGGCCCCAAACCCCUUCAUCGCCAAGUUCCCCAUGGAGAUCCUGCCGUACCUGACCGACGGGCUGCGGCACACGGUCGUCGCCCUCGCCAUCGGCCACCGCAUCCACCAGCUCCCGCUGGACGCCAGCAGGGGCGACUCGGUCGACCUGUGGUCGCGGCUGUUCCACCACCGCUGCCUCGCCAUCCGCGAGCUGAGCCACGACAUUGCGUCCGAGGACAAGCGGUCGAGCGACAGCACCAUUGUCACCAUCAUAUUGUUUCUCUUUGUCGAGCUCCAGCAGAUGCCGGCGACAAACUGGCGGCAGCACCUCGACGGCUUAACGCAACUGAUUGAGCUCCGAGGAGGGCCCAGGCAGUUCCUCAAGAACCUGCCGUCACUAUCCAUCGGCCUGAGCAGUUUCUUCAUGGUCGGAGUCAUGGCAAACACGACGUGUCCUCCGCUGUGCGACAACUCUGCCGUCUCGCACUACGAGCUCAUCGACCUGCUCGCCACCAUGUACGGCGAGGGCAGCUACCCGACGUGCCUGUGCCCGCCGGCGCUGUUCGUCACCAUUGUCGAGAUCAACUACCUCCGCGCGCAGCAGGCCCUGGCCAACUUCAUGGCGCCGCCGCCGCCGGCCAGCCGCUCGAUCACGCCGCAGUCGCAACCGCCGCUGCUGUGGUCCGAGGAGAACGGCAGCAUGAUGGAGCUGCCGCUGUGGUCUACGCCGGAACACCAGGGCAACAGCAGCAGCGACGGGUACGACUUCGCUCAGAAGCGGCAGCAGCGGCAGGACAUGGUGAGCGACGUGAUGAUGGACGCGACGCUGGCCAUGGAUCUACCUCUGCUUCCUGAGACCACCACCACCAAUACCAAUACCACCACCACAUUCUCCAGAAGCAACAGCAACAGUGACAGCAGCACCAACAGCGACAGCACGAACACGCAGGAAUACUGGCUAGACCCAGCCCUCGCCCGCCACGACGUAGACGCCCACGCCCGGGCCCUGCUCAAGGACAUCCUCGCCUACUCCCCCGAGGACUCGGCAGCACCACCGCCACCGCCACAACAGCCCCGGUCCUUCCCCGAGGACCGCCUCGUCCUGGGCCGCCUCUGGCAGUCCGCCCUGGUCAUCUACCUCAUCGCCUCGCUCCAGAGCCUGGGCGCCCUCCGCUCGCCUUUUCUGCGGGGCCAGCUCGCGGGGCUCCGCGCCAUCCAUGGCGCCCGGCUGUACGAGCAGCUCCGGCUCGCCGUCGAGUCGCCCCGGCUCAAGAAGAGCGUGCUGUGGCCGCUCGUCGUGUGCGGCUUCGACGCCGCCAGCACCGUUGACAGCAGCAGGGGCGGCAGCGGCAAUGCCCCCUCCGCGGAGGUGGCUGCGACGGCCGAGGAGCGGCGCAGGUUCGUCGAGGCCCGGCUGCCGAUCCUGGGCCAGGACGUGGGCACCUCGCUGCCAGAGUAUGCGAGGAUGGUGCUGCGCAAGUUCUGGGACUCUGGGAGGACGGACUGGGACAGCUGUUUUGACAAGGCGUAUGCUUUUGUCACGUAG